UCUUGUGAUAAGCUGCCACCUCAGGCUUUCAGCCAUAUCUCCAAACUCUGUGGAUUAAAACGCCUUGUUCUCUACCGGACAAAAAUAGAGCAAACCGCUCUACUUAGCAUUCUUAACUUCUGCCCAGAGAUUCAGCACCUUAACCUUGGAAGCUGUGUUUUGAUUGAAGAUUAUGACCUAAUAGCUUCUGUUAUCGGAGCCAAAUGCAAAAAGCUACGUUCUCUAGACCUGUGGAGAUGUAAAAAUAUUACUGAAAAGGGGUUAGUAGAGCUGGCUGCUGGUUGUUCCCUUCUUGAAGAGCUUGAUCUUGGAUGGUGUCCUACGCUGCAUAGUGGUACUGGAUGCUUUACCAGUCUUGCCCGAAAACUCACAGGUCUGCGAAAGCUGUUCCUUACAGCAAACCGUUCUGUUUGUGACUCUGAUAUAGAAGAACUAGCUGCAAAUUGUCCACAUCUUCAGUAUUUAGAUAUACUAGGUACUAGAAUGGUGAGCUCCACAGCCUUGCGAAAAUUGCUGGAAUGCUGUAAAGAACUUAUUCUAGUGGACGUGUCCUUCUGUUCACAGAUUGACAGCCGAGUAGUACAGGAAUUUACCUCACGAUUUCCGAAUGUGUCCAUCAAAAAGAGUUUUACUCAAUGA